ACAAACUUGGUUUAACCGAUUUUCCUGAUUGAGAGGUCAAUUGAUUCAACAACAAGAUGAGGGCUUUCUUUGUACUGUUGAUAGUCUGCCUGAUCCAUAUGGCAGCCUGUAAUAAUGGACCAUACACCGAACCUGAGGCUGAAUCUGAAGGCAAUAACGAAGUUAUAGUCCAGAAGGGCGAUACCGACGACAAUGGCGAUCACGGCGAUAAUGGCAAUGGUGACAAUGGUGAUAACGGCGAUAACGGCGACAAUGGUGAUAACGGCGAUGACGACGAUAAUGGUGAUAACGGAGAUAACGGCGAUAAUGGCGAUAACGGCGAUAAAGGAAAAGGGAAAAACGGUAAUGGUGGACGAAGACGAUAAUUGCAGAGAACGAAAUGACUUUGAAUCUGAUUUGAAUUGAACAAUGAGACAAGUGUCCUGUAAAACUAAAAAUAUUGAAAGUUAAUCACCAAUACACUCUUCUCUGCUUCUUUGAAUUGAACUAUGAGACUAGUGUACUCUAAAACCACACAUAUAUCAAGAAUAAAUUAUCAAUAGACUGA